AUGGUUGACUGUAAGCCUAUUUCUACUCUGGUUUCCCUUGCCAGGUCUGAUAAUUCUACUCUGGUUCCAUAUGCUGAUCCCACCCAGUAUCGCAGUUUGACUGGUGCUCUUCAGUAUCUUACGAUAACUUGUCCUGACUUAUCUUUUGCUGUUAAUAAGUUAUGCCAGCAUAUGCAUGUGCCAACCACGGCUGAUUCAAGCAUGUUGAAGCGUGUUUUGCGUUAUGUGAAAGGCACUGUUGGUUUUGGUCUGCAUAUUAUGAAGUCUGUGUUUGCUGAUAUUCAUGCUUUUCGGAUUCGGAUUGGGCUGGCAAUCCGUAUGACCGCAAGCCUACUAGCGGUUUUGCGGUGUACCUGGUGUACGGUGACUUGGUCUUCUACUAAGGCUGGGUACAAGGCAAUGGUUGAUGUGUCUGCAGAGCCAAAGAUUAAGCAUUUGAGGGAGAGCCACAGUCAGACUUCACAGGAUCCUCAGCAGCAGCAGCAGUAUCAGACAAGCUCAUGCGGAGAAGAACAAUAG